AUUAUGGGCCAUCUUAUACAGAAGCUUGUAGCCCAUGAGCCCAAACCAAAUCCAGGUCAACAGCGUGAUCUUCCUGUGAAUACGACGCCGUAUCAUCCGAAACAUUAUGGAUUUGGUUUCUGCGAAUAUUGCGUGUGUGAAGUGAAGGGAUGAAGCUAUCUUUUGCAGGGUUUCGAAGUUCGUUGCCCUUUUCUGGGCUAGUUAGGCAGCUUGAAAAAGAUGUAGAAACUGUUAUUAAGGUGUUACAGCCUGGACCUUUAGGAAUCGCCGAGCAUAAGUUUUCUACCGACGAGAUUCGUAGUGCUAAUGCUACGGUCGCUAAAGCAGUAGCUAAUUGGCGAAGAAAUGCAAUCCUUGAGGACAAUAAUCAUAUUUUGAAAGACUAUAUUCAAAAGUGAAGGUUAGAAAUUAUAACAUUUUGAUCUUCUAUGACGAAUAUAGUUCUGCCCUCAAAUUGUCAAAAUUGCCUUGUCUAAUAAUUUGUGAUGAGAUGCAGUUCUUGUUGAGAUGUGUGAUCAUCUAGAUGUUUAAUGUUGUAAAUGUUGGUUAUUGAUGAUAAUUUUGUUGAACAUAAGGUAAUAAAUAAUAAUAGCUAUGUUUAC